AUGAACAACAACAUCAGCUUUGUUCUCCAGUUUAAUGGAUCAGAGACAUUCAUCAGAGCACCAGAUGGAGACGGACCAGURAACCACACAGUUUCAUCUCUCACUGCUGGAACCAGAUAUACAUUCACUCUCUUCUCCGUGUUUGAGAAUGUCAGAAGCAGUGGAGUACAAUUUCAAGCUGUAACUGCUCCUGAAAAUGCAGAGGGUUUCAGAGCAUCAGAACAAAAUGAGAGCAGCAUCACUCUGCAGUGGAAUAAAGGAGACAACAGCACCAGCUUUGUUCUCCAGUUUAACGGCACAGAGACAAACAUCAGUUCACCAGAUGGAGACGGACCAGUGACACAUACAGUCACAUCUCUCACUGCUGGAACCAGAUAUACAUUCAUACUGUACCGUCUGUUUAUGAAUGUUAGAAGCAGUGCUGUAAACAUAACAGUUGCUACUGCUUCAGAAAAUGUAGAGGCCUUGAGGCAGUCAGAUCAAGAUGAGAGCAGCAUCACUAUGCAGUGGAGUAAAAUCAACAACAGCACCAGCUUUGUUCUCCAGUUUAAUGGAUCAGAUACAUUCAUCAGAGCACCAGAUGGAGAUGGACCAGUAACUCACACAGUCUCUUUUCUCACUGCUGGAAAAAAAUAUACAUUCACUCUCUUCUCUGUGUUUGAGAGCAUUAGAAGCAGUGGAGUACAAUUUGAAGCUGUUACUGCUCCAAGAAACACAGAAGCUGUGAGAGCAUCAGAUCAAGAUGAGAGCAGCAUCACUCUGCAGUGGAAUAAAAYCAACAACAGCACCAGCUUUGUUCUCCAGUUUAACGGAUCAGAGACAUUCAUCAGAGCACCAGAUGGAGACGGACCAGUGAACUACACAGUCUCAUCUCUCACUGCUGGAACCAGAUACACAUUCACUCUCUUCUCUGUGUUUGAGAACAUCAGAAGCAGCGGAGUACAGUUUGAAGCUGCAACAGCUCCUAAAACUGCACAAGGCUUCAGGUCAUCAGAUCAAGAUGAGAGCAGCAUCACUCUGCAGUGGAAUAAAAUCAACAACAGCACCAGCUUUGUUCUCCAGUUUAAAGGCAUUCAGACAUUCAUCAGAGCACCAGAUGGAGAUGGACCAGUGAACCACACAGUUUCAUCUCUGACUGCAGGAACCAGAUACACAUUCACUCUCUUCUCUGUGUUUGAGAACGUCAGAAGCAGUGGAGUACAAUUUACUGCAGUCACUGCUCCAGCAAACGCAGAGGGCUUCAGAGCAUCAGAACAAGAUGAGACCAGCAUCACUCUGCGAUGGAAUAAAGUCGGCAACAACAUCAGCUUUGUUCUCCAGUUUAACGGCACAGAGACAAACAUCAGUUCACCAGAUGGAGACGGACCAGUGAAACACACAGUCACAUCUCUGACCGCUCGGACAAACUACACAUUCACCCUGUUCUCUGUGUUUGAGAACGUCAGAAGCAGUGGAGUCAGCAUACUUGCAAAUACUGGUCCAAAUUAUGUUUUGGGGUUGAAUUUGAAGUUGGAGCUUCUUGGAGAAAUGACUGAAUCAGAGAUGGAAGAUGCUUUGAUAGAGCUCCUCAGAGAAUAUAAUCUGCCGUCACAGUUUACUCUGAAAAUCCUUUCUUCCAAACCUUCUGGAUAAUUCAUCUGUAACAUUGUUUCCUUUUCCUGAAAUAAUGUGGUUUAUUUUAUGUACUAAUUUCAAUUGUAAUGUUUUCCAGAAUUGACUUUCCUUUGGGUAAUAUUUUAAUCUCUUUUUGUUGUUAAAAACUGAGCUAAGGUUUUCUUGUAUUUGCAUAAAUCAUAUCUGUGCAUUCUUCUAUUGUUUGCCUCUAAAUAAAGUUUUAGUGAUCUAUAAAUUGUUUACUUGAAAAAAAUUUGUUUUUGGAGGAAAUAUUGAAAUUUAGAUGCAGAAGCUUGGGGGAAAGAAAAUAAACCUACGUGUGUGAUGGUACACACACAGGAUGGCAAGCAAAACAGAGCAAAAGCAUAAAAAAGUCAAACUUGGGUCAUUAUGAUUCCAUGCUGCUUCUCUGGUCAUUAAACUUUUAAAUACAGAUUUAUAACCAUAUAAAUACAAUAAGUCUUCAUGGUAAUGGGGGAAAGCAGAUGUUGUAAAUAGGUAUUGGGAAGAAUUAACUUGAACAUAUGAAUCAACUGGAUGUAUUUACAUGAAAAUAGGAAAAAAAAAAGUUCCUUUCUCAACCUUUUUAAAAUGUAAUCUGGGCCAGGAUGGAUUCUACUGUCCAUUACUACUUUAGAUCAACAUGAUCAGAACAACAAUCCAGAGAAACCCCUCUGGACCACGUAUUCUUAAACAUGGGGAACAAAUAAAUUACAGCCAUAAAUAGGAAAUAUUUAAGUUAUUUGAAUGAUGGUUUGUUUUUUUAUUUGAUCAUAAGAAGAUAUUUGUUCAGGCCAUUUUUAUUACAAAAUUUAGUUUUAUUUUGAAAGGCUUACUUCCUAUCUUACACUAGGGAACGUGUUUACGGACGGAUUAAACACGGCUUAAAACAGGUUUUGACAUUUUUAUACAGAUAAAUACAGUGUCUAGGGAAUGACAGAUAUUGGAUGUGUUGCCAUAAAAAAUAUGUAGCUUUUUUUUCUUAUUUUGCUCUUCCUUUGGUUUAUUUUGUUUGUAUU